AGUGCUAUCGGUCUAUCUACAUGUACAUAUUUCCCAUCAACAUCGUACAACCUCACAAGGAUGUGGGGGAUCAGAGUGGUACUUGGAGCCGCCUCGCUGCGCGUUAAAUCCACCCGUUUUAAUAGCUCGGGAAUGCACCUAUAGCUCCUAACGCUGUGAACUAGACCCUUAGAGUCGUUGAGGUGAAGAGACGUAAAUCCUACAACUGUGGAGUCGCCAGGAACCAUGCCCCAUACAGGCCAGACAGGGGUUAAUCAACUGGGAGGGGUCUUCGUGAACGGCCGUCCACUUCCUGACCAUGUACGACGACGCAUCGUGGAACUAGCUCAGAUGGGCGUUAGGCCAUGCGACAUAUCUCGCCAGCUUCUUGUGUCCCAUGGGUGUGUCAGCAAGAUCCUCACCAGAUACUACGAGACGGGUUCCAUCAAGCCCGGCUCUAUUGGAGGUAGCAAGCCAAAGCAAGUGGCCACACCUCUGGUGGUGAGGAAGAUCCUGGAGCUAAAACAGCAGAACCCUUCCAUCUUCGCCUGGGAGAUCCGCGACCAGCUGCUGGCACAGAGAGUCUGUGACGACACCACCAUACCCAGCGUCAGCUCCAUCAACAGAAUACUCCGCAACGCCAACGCCUGUGCCUCCGACCAGUCUCCCUUCGCCAUGGACCUGGCCACCAGGUUUUCCCCAGCCUGCUCCCCCGCCCCCAUGCCCUAUGUGUCCAUGCCGUCCUACCCCGGGGCGUGGUACCCCCUACCCAUACCCGGGCUCUCCUACCCUCGCCUGGUCCAGCCUCUGGGGGGUGAGGCAGCUGGCAAGCUGGGGGAGAGGGAUGAAGAGAAGGAGAGAGAGAAAGAAAGAGACAUCGAGAGAGCGUUGGGAAUCAAAAGGAAAGCGGAAGACAAGGUUAAAGUUGAGGACAAACGACAGGAAUCGGACGAUGACGAAACACCUGAAAAGAAAAGACGGUUGGAAAAGUGUGAAUCGGAUUCUGAAGAAAAUACACCGGUGUCUAGUUCCCGGACUAAAAGUAGCGAGACAGCGACGGUGAGCAAGCGAGAGAGAGACAAUUCAACGCCUGCAAAGUGCACCUCAAGUCGGACGGAGAGCAAAUCGAAAACUUCCGAGGACUUAUGCAGUGUGACUUCGCUCAGUAAUUCAUUCGGACUGUGUGCACGUACGCCGAUUUGCUUCUCACGAAUGCUGCCGUAUCCACUGAUGCGUUCCAGCUUUUCACCCUACCCAACUCAACAUCCGGGCGCCUCAGUAGGCCUGUAUCCACUACACGUGACUCCCAUGCGCCCUGGUUUCAGUCACGUGCCAGCAUCAUGAAAACACCCACUUUGAACAUAUAAAAAAACCUCAGAUCGUCGGUUCAAGUUGGCAUCCUGUAUGCGACAACUUGUGAUUGAUAGCCCAUGCAAACGGCUAACAUCGACGGAGCAAACAUCGCUGUUACCGCCGCUCGAUCGCCUUCGACCUAAAUGCCACUUGGUAUCGUCACGCUAGUGAACAGGAAGUGACGUGGUUGUCAACAUACCAACAGAGGCCGAAGUGAAGGUCGGUGAUAGUGCCAGAUCGCCAGCAGAGAUCUACCAAAUGGACACACCCAGCAGUUCCCGAGUUUGCUUUCUACAAGGACUGUUAGUGUUGAAUUUGUAUUUAUUGAACGGAACUGUUUCCCAGAAGGAAAUAUGUUUGUUGAUUUCUGUCACACGUCUCUACUGCAUUUGCAUUUAUUUAAACACUUACAUGAAGUGCCCCCACUGGUUUGCAUUAAUCAUAUCUAAUACUUUAAGUGUGUAGUUACCAGGUCUUCGAAGUGUAAAUAUUCCUUGCAAACUUUGCUAAUUUAUUUUGAUUCGUAUUUUGCUGUCGAAGCUUACGAAAUAAAAUGUUAAAGAAUUA